CUCGAUGAAUCCAGAUUCUAAUUGUUAGUUCUAAUUUUUAUGUUAAAUUGUGUUAAAAAUGUUUACUUAUAAAUGUUGAUGUUUUAGCACGAUUUGGCUGAUCGAACUCUAAUUUGCAUUCCUUUUUAUCUAUUACGCGAUCUUCCAAUUCAAGGCUUGGAAUUUCAGAAAACCAAGCUAGGGUUAGGGUUUUAGUUCUUUUAAGAUGUAUUUGAAAGAAGGGCGUUCCUUAUUGUUGAAAGUGCACAAACCUUCAGUCCCGUUUGUGCUAAACACAAACCCAAUUCCCAAUCCCAGUAAACCCCAGAUUGAACAAAACCAAUCCCUUUUUCUCAUAGAAAGCGACGUUGAAAACAGAUUAAAACGCGAGGCCGACAUCAUUUUGGCCUUGGAGUACUUCAAAUCCAUAGCCAAUUCAGGGACCUUCAAGCACACCCCAUUAACGUACCAAACCAUGAUUGAGAAACUCGGUCGGGAAAAGAAUCAAACAGAUGGUGUGCAAUACCUAUUGCACCAAAUGAAGUUGGAGGGGAUUAGAUGCUCCGAGGACUUGUUUGUGAGUGUGAUAAAGGCUUUUCAGCGAGCCGGGUUGGCCGAGCAAGCAUUGAAGAUGUUUUAUAGAAUAAGGGAAUUUGGGUGCGAGCCAACAGUGAAGAUUUACAAUCAUGUAUUGGAUGCAUUGCUUAGUGAGAAUAGGUUUCAGAUGAUUAAUCCGAUAUAUAGUAAUAUGAAGAGAGAUGGGAUGGAGCCGAAUGUGUUUACGUAUAACAUUCUCUUGAAGGCACUGUGUAAGAAUGAUAGGGUUGAUGGUGCAUGCAAGUUGCUUGAGGAAAUGUCAAAGAAGGGGUGCUCUCCGGAUGCGGUGAGCUAUACGACUAUAGUGUCCACUUUGUGUAGGCUUGGUAAGGUGGAGGAAGCGAGGGAGCUUGUGACGAGGUUCAAACCCGUUGUGUCAGUUUAUAAUGCUUUGAUGAAUGGGGUUUGCAGAGAAUACAAGUUUGAGGAGGUGUUUAAGCUGUUAGCUGAGAUGGUGGAUAGAGGGGUUGAUCCUAAUGUCAUCACGUUCUCAACUGUCAUUAGCUCUCUUUGUGAUGUGGGAAAUGUUGGGUUGUCUCUUGCAGUGAUGGCCCAAAUGUUUAGGAGAGGAUGUAGCCCCAAUAUUUACACAUGCACGUCCUUGAUAAAGGGGUAUUUCUUGGGAGGGAGACAGUAUGAAGCUCUUGAAAUGUGGAACCGGAUGAUUGGAGAGGAGUUUGUGCCCAAUGUUGUUGCAUACAACAUUCUAAUACAUGGUCUCUGCUCUUGUGGGAAUAUGGGUAAAGCUGUAUCUGUUUGUGAUGAGAUGGAGAGAAAUGGCUGUUCUCCAAAUGUGAUUACAUUUAGCACUCUCAUUGAUGGCUUUGCAAAAGCUGGAAACUUGGCUGGUGCAUCUGAGACAUGGAACAAGAUGAUAACCCAUGGUUGUCACCCAAAUGUUGUGGCAUAUACGUGCAUGGUGGAUGUUCUUUGUAGGAAUUCUAUGAUCAAUCAAGCUCAUUUUCUUAUAGAGAAUAUGACUGCUGAAGCUUGUCCUCCAAAUACGGUUACAUUUAACACUUUAUUAAAAGGGUUAUGUGGCACUGGAAGAAUGGACUGUGCUGUAAAAGUACUUGAUCAGAUGGGGAGCUACGGGUGUUCUCCUAACAUAACAACAUAUAAUGAGCUAUUGGAUGGUCUCUUUAAGGUAAAUAGAUUCAAAGAAGCUUUUGAACUUGUUAGGGAGAUGGAAGAAAGGGAGAUUAGGCUGAAUUUGGUGACUUAUAAUAUCAUUUUACGUGGAUUUUGUCAUGCUGGUAUGCCUCAGGAGACUUUGCAGCUUCUUGGGAAAAUGCUGGUCAGAGGGAUGAAGCCUGAUGCCUUCACAUACAACAUUAUAAUUUAUGCCUACUGUAAGCAGGGAAAAGUCAAAUAUGCUAUCCAAGUUUUUGACAGAAAUAGUGCAGCAGAAGCGUGGCAUCCAGAUAUAAUAGCAUACACUACUCUUUUAUGGGGAAUCUCUAAUUGGAUAGGCGUUGAAGAAGCCAUUUUUUAUCUUCACAGGAUGGUAAAUGAAGGGAUCUUCCCCAACCUUGCCACCUGGAAUGUGUUAGUCCGUUGUUUCUUUAGCAACGUAGGUCAUAUGGGGCCAAUCCACAGUCUGGAUGAUAUCCUGGCUAAUGGAUAAUACACAAAUUAUGGUGUGUUGUUUUUCAGACACGGAAUAGCAAAAGAAAUUUGGUGGCUAAAACAUAAGUCAAAUGCAACAGAUGCUCAAAAUGACUGAAUAUUCAGAUUAUUGCUGAUCUCUUUGUUGGGCAUAUGUUAGAUACAUCCAACCCAGAUUUUUGAUGAGGAUUCAUAAAGCCGACUUCAAUUAAACUGAAGAAGAAGAAUCUUGUUGUACAGAUGUUUGCAGCAGCAUAGUUUGUGUUGCUUUAAACUCCCAGAUGUUGGAUUAAAUUUAGAAGUCAAAGUGCCAGGGUGUUUUACCGACGAUUUAUCAAUUUCAUGGGCCAAAGAUUAUUGCAAACUAUGUAUUAUUUUUGCAUCAAGUGUACUGAUACGCUAGUCGCCUGCAAUGGUCAAUGUUAACAUACCAUGUAGUAUGAUUCACUGGUUAUGAUUUUGUACAUGUUAAAAGUACAUUCUA